AUGCCCAGAGUAUGUGACGGACUGGAACGUGUGCGGCUGUAUAUCGAUGACGUGAUCGUUUUUUCCAGGGACGGGGCAGAACACGUGCGCGACCUUGAGAGGUUUUUCGAGCCCAUGGUCAAGUUCAACCUGAAACUGGCACCCAACAAGACGAACCUGGGGGUGAAGGUGGUGACGUUCCUGGGACAUCAAGUCAGGGCGGAAGGGAUCGGGCCGGACCCGGAAAAGGUCAGACCGCUGCGUGAAGUGCCAAAAAAUAAAAAAAAUGCCCACUAAUGUUAGCCAGUUGCGAUCGUUGUUGGGGUACUUGUCGUACUAUCAUAAGUUCCUGAAGAACAUGUCGGCAAAAUUGAAACCGAUCAAUGCGAUGCUGAAAAAGGGGGCGAAGUUUGCGUUCACGGCUGAUCAUGUGGCAGUAUUGAGGAAGAUUAUGGAUAUUCUGUCUGGUCCUGAAGUGUUGGCAUUUCCGUGUUAUGAUGGUGUGAUCUCGGGAGAGCGGCCGUUUCGGUCUACCGCUUACGCGUCGAUUUCGGGUUUGGGAGCCGUAACCGAGCAAGAGCAACGAGAUGGAAGUAUUAGACCGCUAUGCUUAUUGAGCAGAUCAACAUUCCCGAAUGAAACGAGAUGGAGUCCGGCUGAGCUUGAAGCGGGUGCGAUAGUGUGAGCGAUAGAGAAGAAUCGAACAACUAUUUUAUGGCAUCCCCUUCGAAGUGUACAGUGACCAUCAACCCUUGUGGAAUUUGGGGAGAUUGGCAGAGAAAAGCAAUCGCGUACAGAGGUGGUAUGACUUCCUGUCCGCGGACACGUAUGAACUGAAGUAUCGACCAGGGCGAGAGAACGCAAAUGCCGAUUUGAUAUCACGGUUGCCAGUGCCUGCGACGAAAGAGGAUGAGGCGCCAGAUUUCAGGCAAAUUGAUCCGUCUGAUCUCGAUAUUUAUAUGAUAGGUGCGAGGGGUGUGCUACCUU